CGUGCUCUUUAUUCGAGUGAAUAUUUUUUAUUAAAAAUAAAAUGAGGUAAACCAUUUAAAAAUAUUCCAAGCUACUUUGUUAAAAGUUGUUGAGGUCACAAGACUGAUGACUGAUGACACAAUGCGCAUCAAAUUAACAAACACAAGUAAGGAGUCUUAGUGGCUUCCAAUACAAUACUAACGCAAGCCCACGUGAAACUCUCAGUGAGAUAAGUACUGACUGUUGUCAUAAACUACCAUACUCCAAGCUAUAAGAGCUUUCAAUGAGCUCGAGUAAGAGCACCAGCCGAGAGUUUAUAAUUAUUUCAAGUAUAAAAAGCUAAUCGAGGAAAGCUGUGUAACAGACGGAUCUAUGCGGGAUAAAAUGGCGGAAAUUCGUGUGGGGAGAGAUGGCCGGUGGAUCCGUGGGUACCCCCCUUGAAGAUCCAGUAUUGUCGAGCUUUUCGCGGUGUCUAGCGAACGACAUACUUUGUGUGUGGCGACGGGUGGCGGCCACGCCGGCUGCUACCGGUACAGGCGCAAUAUUUGACAUGGGUAUAGCACCUUCGCCUGCUCCACCACCUCUGUCGCUGUCCGCUGCUAAAGAGCUCUGGAUAUUUUGGUAUGGAGAGGAACCCGAUUUGUCCGGUCUUGUUUCACCGGAGCUCAUCGGCAGCCAGAGUGAGCAAGGCUCUUGGGAAAGCGGCCUCUCGUAUGAAUGCCGUUCAUUACUCUUCAAGGCUCUCCAUAAUCUCAUUGAACGUUGUUUACUGUCUCGUGACUUUGUUCGCCUUGGAAAAUGGUUCGUUCAGCCUUAUGACGGUUUCGAGAAGCAUCAUUGCAACAGCAGUCAUUUGUCAUUCUCGUUUGCAUUUUUUGUACAUGGUGACAGUACUGUUUGUGCAAGUGUCGAUGUCAGGCAGCACCCCGCGGUGCGGUACCUCACUAGAGCUUGCCUUCAGCGUACUCAGGCAUCUCAGACCGAUGCUAAAGUGAUUCUUGCGCCGUAUGGUCUAGCCGGAACGCUGACAGGACAGUCGAGUCGCAUUGACUCACAAUUUCUCGAUGAGUGGAAACACUUUUAUCCGAUAAACAACAACAAUAUUGAACCUGGUCUUCCACCUCUUGUAGAGGUGCUUGUCGGUGGCGUCAGGAUGCGAUAUCCAUCGUGCUACGUUCUCGUCACUGACAUGGACGACGUGCCUAUUGAAUUGCCACCCUCACCUCCUUACAGUCCCGCGGCAGCUAAUUAUGACUAUUUGAAUUACAUUCAAGGCGAAAGCAAACCAUCAACCGAAAUGCCCGAGCGCGUUUGGGCUGAAUGUAUUCUUGGAUCAUCGUCGUUAUCCACUUCCAAAACAAAUGAAUCUUCCGUAGAGCUUGGUACCUGGACGUUUAUUGAUCCAACUCAAAAGUCUUCCUGCAUGUGUUCUAAGUGCAUAACCCCCGGGGGUUGGAAGAAUCUGGCUUCCUCUCAAAAUCAGAGGGAGAGAGUUGAUAAAGGUGGACGAAGGGCUGUCGUACCUUUCCAUCGACGCUCUACCAUUCCGUGGGAUGCUUCUUCCCCCUCUGUUCUUGCUAAUGCCCCCAGGUCGAUUUCAACUAGAAACAAUGACGCACCGAAUACACCACCCGAUGGACCACCUUCUUAUUCUCGAGGCCCUCCCACCGGUGGUGACUGUCCUCCAGUACCAUCUGUUGGUUCACCAAGCUCGCCAGCACCGUCACCACUUCCAACACCUCAUUCAGAACCAGCAUCGGUGCCGCCGUCGGUGGACCCGACGAUGCCGACGUUGAGCCCUCAGCCCCCUCCGAGUCACCCUAAUGCGGCUCCGUCAUUGUUGCACGGAUCUAAAGCCUCUGCCUGCUGUAAUAGUAGUAAUAGCAACAACAAUAAUAACAAUAACAGUAAUAAUAAUAAUAAUAAUAAUAACAAUAAUAGCAGCAGUAGCAAUAACAACUCAAGUUCCAACAACAGUAAUACCAGUAGCAACACUGUUAACAGUAGCAAUUCCAUCAGCAAUAAUAAUACCAAUAAUAGUCAAGUUGUAAAUAUGAUAACUGAGAAUACAUUGAAGCGACCGAUUCUUUCCUCGAGAGAGUAUGAAGGUGCGCUUUUGGAGGAUGAACCUCCACUUUCUUGGCUAUAUGACUAUUCUACUCAAGAGGCUUGGCUUAAUCAUCCGGUUAAGAGAUUUAAACCAUCUUCUCCAGUUACUUCUCUUCAUCAACGUGCUAGUAAUUUGUAUGCGAUUACUAAUUCACCGAUAAAUCACCCACAAAUUACUAAAUUUGAAAUCAAACAAGAACCUGGUGUCAUGAUGGGUGACUGUACAGGAAGUGGAGAAAGACGAAACGGGGACAGAGAAGGCGAAGACACCGAACGCCUAAGAGAAGAAGGUGAAAGAAAUAGAAACGACCCCUACGAGUUUGACGUCGCCGGAGACGACGAUAACGGCAGCGGUGAUCACGGCGUGGUUGGAGCUGACGGUCUGAGACGCCCACGAGACGAGCCGCCAAACUCAGGGUCUCUCUUUACCAGCGAAGGACUCCAAGUGUCUUACAAAGACCUCGACCAGAUAUUCGACAACUCGGAUCCGGAUACCUCGAGUGACGAGACAAACCUUAACCAGCUCCAAGUCCAAACUCCACCGGGAUCUAACAAAUCCGGAGGAAUGCACGAAGAAACUCGUCUGGACAUAACCAAGCAAAGCAACCGCGGAGUAGGAGUUCUACGUCCUGAAGAGGUGGUGAAAAUGUUUCCAACUCCACCUUCCCUAGAACACCCAGUGCCCUCUCCCUGUCAGAUGAACGAUGCGGCGAUUGACCAAACAGAACUAUCAGCAUCUCAGCGGUCGCAUCGCCACGCUCCCGACAUCUAUCCAAACAUGGGAUCGCCUCCUGAAGAACCAAUCACAGACUGGUCGUAUGUUUUCAAACCGCCUACGGUUUUCAAGCUCGUCGGUUCAUCGAAAUACGCUCCGUUGACGAACUUACCCAGCCAAUUUCUGCCUCCGAUUACACUGCCUUCGCACUGCGUUUACAGACCUUCUUGGCAGUGCAAUUCAACAAACAACUCAAACAGUAACAACAGCUCCGACAAGAAUUCACCUCACUCAGCAUCCUCGUCAAAGUCUGCAGACAAUACUCAGGAUCAGCAGGAGCAAUCGCAGAAUCAGGAUCAACCACAAACACUUCAACCGCCUCAACCACCGUCACAACCUUCUUUACCACCACCGCAGCAGCAUCAGCAACUGGCAAUAGCUCACCAAGCGUGUCCUUCGAGUCCAAACCCCAACAACGUCACCAACCAUUAUCGUACAGCAGCUGGAAGACCUCCACCGCCGCCUUACGACCAGCCAAGUCCUGCAACUUCAACUUCGUCGUACCUAAAUAAAAAUAUAAAUAGCAUCGAUGCUGACACACCGGGUCCAAUUCGCGCACCAGAGUCUAAUUCUCUUGUAGUAAACAUCCUUCUUGGUGACACUGUACUGAAUAUAUUUCGCGAUCACAAUUUUGACAGCUGCAGUCUUUGCGUUUGUAAUUACGGGCAAAAAGUUGUUGGGAAUAUCAAAGGCGCUGACGCGGUUUAUCUCGCUGGUGCUUGGGCAAACAGUAGUGCGCUAUUUCAAGAUGAGGAACAGUUAAGGUGCAAUUGUGGUUUUAGUGCAGUGGUGUAUCGUCGGCUGGCGACCCAAGCAGGAUUAUUCUACGAAGACGAGCUUGAAAUUGCGGGAAUCGCCGAAGAUCCUUCAGAGAAGAAAAAAAACUCAUUGCUUGCUGUUGUUUCUGGUGGUGAAAGCAAACCCGGCUCGGAAGAAAUUGAUGUUAUCACUCCAAGUGUUUUAGAACUUGUUCGCGAACAAUGUGCAAUCAUUCAAAGUUCGGCUAGUAGUUUGUACCGCGCUGCCAAGAUUUACGCAGCCAAUAAAAGUUAUAAUUAUAAUAACAGUAGUGGUAAUAGCAGUAGUAAUAAUAAUAAUAGUAAUAAUAAUAACAACAACAAUAACAGUAACAAUAACAAUAAUAGUAGUAAUAACAACAAUAAUAAUAGUAAUAAUAAUAACAGCACUAGUAAUAGUAAUAAUAGUAGUAAUAAUAACAGUAACAAUAAUCAUCAAAAUCUCGUUCCGAGUCUUAACACACUGGAAUUUAAUGACGGCAAUGAAGUGUCUUUGAUUGCACUAGAGCAAGGUAAAUUGAUAGAAAAUAACGCUGUAGAAAGAACAGCAAAAUCUGUCGGCGUUCACCGGUGGGCCUUUAUAAAAGCCCGAGGUCCUCAGUGCAACGGAGAUAUUCUUCGGAUGAUGCGGACACUCCAGCCACUGCUUCAAGAUGCUGUUCAGAAAAAAUGCACGACUAGAAUGUGGGAAGCGCCGUAUACUGUUACUGGGCCGUUGACUUGGCGUCAGUUUCAUCGACUUGCGGGUCGAGGAACUGAAGAUCGAUGCGAGCCACAGCCGAUACCAGCUUUAGUUGUUGGUUACGACAGAGACUGGUUAUCUUUGUCUCCAUAUGCACUCAGUUACUGGGAAAAGCUCUUGCUGGAACCUUACGCGGGGCCACGUGACGUCGCGUAUGUUGUUUUGGCUCCGGAUAGUGAACCUGUGAUCAAUAAGGUGAAGUACUUUUUUCGCGAGCUGUCGACGACGUAUGAGAUCUGCCAGCUAGGAAAGCACACGCCGAUAACGAAGGCUUGCCGCGAUGGAAUAAUCCGUGUUAGCAAGUCUUCCAGUCAGAAGUGGUCCAAGCAGCCGUUGAUCGACGACUGGUUCAAAUUAUUGGGCGACAAUCAGUUGGGUGAACAGCUGAGGCUUUACGCGCAGGUCUGCAGUAAUCGACUGGCGCCGUAUUUGACUCAAGUUAUUCAAGACCGGAGUUUGUUGGACCCGGAUUCUAACAACAAACAGCAGUCCCAGCACUCCCACCACCACCAGCAGUCUCAGUCACAGUCACCGUCUGUUCCGCCGAGUGAGUCGAUGCCAACGACUCCGGAUGGAACCGCUAUUACCGUUAAAGCGGAACCUGUUGGAGACAGUGAAGCCGCGCCAAGUGAAACUCCGUCAUCUAAUACCACCCCGAAUGCUAAUUCUACUAUGGGAAACGUCACGCCGGCUAUCCCACCUAGCUCUCCUUCGAAUUCAAUCGCUGGAAAUGCGACGUCGGCGAUGAACCCUGCGAUAAAUAUCAAGACGGAGCCUGGUACUUCGAGUAAUAUGUCAGCUGGGGCGAUGAACGCGGCCAACUCAUCGGCACCUUCGUCCUCGACGGGGUCUACUACUUCUACCACGUCGACGACGGCUACCAUUGGACCCGACGAAGAGGAAGUUGAACCUCCUUCUAUUGUUGUUUAUAUUGUUGAACCGUUUUCCGUGGGUGGACCUGAGAACUCUGAUCGACGGCGUUUGGCUAUUCUUGCACUUCUCAGGGCGUAUUCUGCUGCGAUCAAUGCUAUGCCUGAAAAUUUGAGAUCUAAUAUUAAUGUUCAAUUGAUAUCUCUGGAAAGCAUAAUAGAACUAGGACGAGCACGUGAACGACGGAAAAUCCAAGACGAAAUGCGUUCAUUGGCAUUGAACGUAUUCUUGCAAGGUCGACGACUGCUGAAUCACAAUUCAACAGUAAAAAGUCUCACUGGUUUUGGUACUGCAGCAGCAGCCGACAUAUUCCUUAAAAAUAAAAAUGAACUUAACAAAGCUCCUUACCGCUUGUACACGCCGGCGUACGUACUUGCGCCGUUACGAUCUAAAAGUGAGGCGCCUGAGUCUUUCGGCAUCGCUGGCCCAGAAGAGUGUGCUGUUAUGUACCUCAGUUAUUGUCUGAGUGAGGAUCAAUCGCGGUUACUCGCAGUCGCGACGGAUGACCGCGGGGAAAUUUUUGAGACUGCUGCUAUCAAUAUUGAUGUGCCAAAUCGUAAAAGAAGAAAACGUGUAUCUGCUCGACGGAUUGGACUUCAGAAACUUAUGGACUUUAUAGUCGGUGUCAUGUCGCAAGGCGUGCAACCAUGGAGGCUAGUUGUAGGUAGAGUUGGCCGAAUAGGUCACGGUGAAUUAAAAAGUUGGGGUUGGCUCCUAUCUCGAAAAGCACUAUUGAAAGCUUCAAAACAAUUAAAAGAACUUUGCAAGCAGUGCGCUCUUUUAUACCCGUCUGCUGCACCCUGUGUAUUAAGUGCUUGUCUCGUGUCACUUGAACCCGAUUCGACACUUCGAUUAAUGGCUGAUCAGUUUACACCGGAUUCAAGAUUUAGUCAAGCAUCUGUUAAUUGUCAACUAUCCACACCUCAAGAUGUUACUUGUACUCACAUACUUGUUUUCCCUACUUCAGCUACCACACAAUCAUCACAGACUGCAUUCCAAGAGCAGCAUAUAAAUGGACCAGAACUUGGUGAUGAUGAGCUAUUUUCGGCCCUUAACGACGACAUGAAUGAAGGGAUGGAGGGUAUGGGAGAUCUUGGGGAUAUUUUCAAUGCCUGGCCUGAGCAAAGUGCGGGUGGUGGACAGAGCCCUUGCAAUAGCCCGCAUCGGCCAGAAUCACCUUUGGGCGGCGAUGGAGGUGCCUUUGGUAUGGGAAAUCAUGACGGGCCUGGUAGUCCAUUCCCUUGCAGUAGUACACCAAAGACCGCAAAUGCUGAUCAAGCAGAAGACGUAACAAAUCUUCAUUUACAACCACUGGCUCUUGGGUACCUAGUAUCAACAGCUCCAAUCGGACGUAUGCCAUCGUGGUUCUGGUCAACGUGUCCUCAUCUGGAAGGUGUAUGUCCAGCAUUUUUGAAAAACGCCCUUCACCUCCACAGUCCGGCCAUACAGCAAAAUAGCGACGAUAUACUUCAGCAGCACAGUGCUCUGACGGCUCAUCCUCUUGAUUCGCAAUAUACUACCGAUGUGUUAAGAUAUGUCCUGGAAGGAUACAACGCUCUGUCUUGGCUUGCCGUAGAUGCGAAUACCAAGGAUCGACUUUCUUGCUUGCCGGUACAUGUCCAAGCGCUCAUGCAGCUUUAUCACACAGCAGCUGCCCUCGUCUGACCCAGACCCACUCCCCUUGUGGUGCUUUUUGCACACCUCUCUUAUGCACUUAUUACCGUGAUAAUAACACUCGGGGCUUCAUGGGCACAAUUAUAUUCUUAUGCCCAUAAAUUACCUUAUAAAUGUAAACUAGUACUUUGAUGUCGACCAUGAUCGCAUUAUUACUCAGAAUUCGACUGAUUCUUGACAGAAUCUAACUAAUGAUGACUACAAUCAAUUUCUAUACAUACCAAAAGAAGAAAAAAGACACUGAUAUUUCAAUUGUCGGAGUACUCUUUAUAUCGAUAUUAUUAAUAUUAUUAUUGUUAUUAUUAUUUUUUUUUUCUAAAUCAUCUUUGUAUACUAUUGUAUUUCUGUUGCAGUUAGAGGCGGGAGGUGUAAUAGAUAUUGAGUAUAUUAUUAUAAUAAAUAAUAUUAUUAUUAUUAUUAUUAAAUAAAUAAACAAGAGAGGAGAGGGGAGGGGGAGAAAAAGAAGGAGGAAAGAGUACGCAUAAUAAUUUGCUAAAAUUGUUGUCUCAUCGUUAAUUUAGAUAGUUAAAUUUGAAAGAAAAAAUAAUGAUUAAAAAUGAAAAAAAUAAAAAAAAAAAAUAUUUAGUAAAAAAAUAAUAGGGAUACAUAAUUCAAGUGUUUUUAAUUGUAAAUUAAAUUUUUGUACAAAGCUUUUAAUUAUUAUUAGUGACAAAGUAAUAUAACAUAUUACGUUAUUUUUUAAUUUUGUAUAGAUAAAUAAUUUUUAAAAUUAAUAUUGAAACGAAUGGACGAGGCACUCUAUGUGUUUAUAAGGUCUUGACAUUCUUUUAUUUAAACUUUUACAGUCUCUCCCGUAAUGGUUUUUUUUUCUUUUCUUUUUUUUAAUGUAAUUUAAUUUUUUGAUUAUGUACAAACCCCAUGGUAGAUCAAAAUUAAAAAAAUAAUAAACAAAAUAUUAUUAUAUAUUAAUAAAAUUAUAAUAAUGGUAUUCAGACAUUUAUAAUAACUUUUAGAAAUGAAUAGUGAAAAAAAAAGGCUAUUGAAUCAACGCCAGUGGUCUUUUGUUAUUAAAUUAUUAAAAAUUUUCCAAAGAAGAAAAUUAUUUGAAAGGGGCCUAGUCAUGUUGGCUAACACUUUUCGAUGAACAAAAAAGUAAAUUAAUAAAUGUUUUAUUCGUAAUAGAUGACCUUUAUCAUAAUAACAAUAUAAUGAUAAUAAUAAUAAUAAUAAUUAUAACUAUGUAAAAUAUUAAUUAUUUUUAAAUAAUUUAUUAACUAAAUCUUUAAUUAUUGAUAUUAGACAAUUAUAAGUAUCUAAAAAAAUGUGGUGAUUAUUAAAAUGACGAUAUUGAAAAGAAAAAAAAAAGGAUAAGAAAAAAAAAGAGAGACAAACUUUUUCCUCCGCACUUUUGAUUCCACGAAAAAAAUCUAGAGUAUUAAGAACUUAUUUUAUGAGAUGUAAGGAACUGGAGCAUGUUUGAUAAUGCAAGGGCUAAGAUGGUUAAACUGCGUCAGUUACAUAGUACAAAUAUUACUUGUACAUAGAAAAAAAUCCUAAUCCCCAAA